UGCACCGGACCAGGGUUGGUUGUUCUGUGAGAAAUAAGUGAGCUUUGAAUAUUAAAUCUUCGAAGUUCUAUAGGCUGUGAAAUAGGUAAAUGAUAAGCGUUAUUUCGAACAUAAAAUAACAGAUCUAAUAAAAAUAAUAUUGCUGCGUAAUGUGGUUAUCAAAUUAAACAAUGAUGCUUACUGGAAAUUAUUGCCCUGUUUACACAAGCCUGAAGACUGCUUCUGAUGGAAAAAGCUUGGAAUUUUGCCUAAGAGUUUAAAAGUUGUAGCUUUCUGGGUUGGAGACAGUCCAUCAUGGAUAUGUUUUCAGUUGAUUGUUAUGGGGUCGGAUUAGAUAUGAGUGAAUACUCUUCAGACUGUGAUUUUGACUACAUUAGUGAGAGUUAUGACAUUAAGAGUUUGGAGGAGGACUACUCUUAUUUUCAGAAUUUUGAUAUACAUUCUUCUUCUAGCUAUGAGAGUGACAAGCAACAUCAUCUUGAAAAAGUGUUUAAUGAGCUUGAUAUACAGAGGCAGACAGGAGAGUUCUGUGAUGCUGAAAUCCUGGUUUCAGAUAAAAGGUUUCCAGUUCACCGCAAUAUUCUGGCUGCAGCUGCACCUUACUUCCAAGCUAUGUUUUCUUCUGGGUUUGCAGAAAAAGAUCAGAAGCAGGUGGAAAUCAAAGGAGUAGAACCUGACACGUUUGAGAAACUUUUGAGUUAUACAUAUGGUGGUUCCUUAGACGUGAAUCGUGAUACAGUGGAGGAGCUUCUACAUGUGUCAGAUAUGUUUGCAGUGCAAGGACUGAUUAGUGCAUGUGAGAAGUACUUAAAAAACCACUGGAGACGAGAAAAUUUUUUUGAGUACUACAGCUUAGCAGUGAAAUACAACCUGGAAGAGCUCAAAAAGUCAAUAUUGUUUCACAUUAAGUCAAAUUUCAUGAUUGCUGUGACAAAUGAAUAUUUUGUUGCCUGCUCUUAUGAACUGUUACUAUCUGUUGUUCAAGAUGAAGAUCUGAAAGUUAAAUCUGAAAUGGACAUUUUAAAAGCAGUUUUAAAAUGGAUUGCCCAUGAUACCUGUCGACGCAUUUCUCUCCUAGAGUCUUUUCUGAAUCACGUAAAAUUGGCUAGGAUAACCAAUAGGAACAUAAAGCAACUUGUAGAUCAGUCAACAUUUACAAAGGAUGAAAAGCUUUUUGUUACAGAAAAAAUAGAAACUCGAAUUUCAGAAAAAUCUGUGUUGAAAGAGUUAGGCUUAUCUCUGUUUGUAUUACACGUAGACAGUUUUGAUCAUAAUAUUAUAAUAACAGCCUUUGAUGCUAGCAGUGGUGGUUGGUUUAACUUGCAGAGUACAUUGUCCCUAAAUCAAUUAGAUGAUGCUAUCCUCUUUGAAAAGGACAUAUAUAUAUUUAGUGAAGGGAGAAAUGUUGCAUACAGUUUAGAACACCAGGAAUGGAAAAAUAAGGCACCACUUCCAACACAAAAGCAUGACAUCAAUGCUUGUUUGUUAAAUGGUAAGCUCUAUGUUAUUGGAGGAACUAUAACAAACAAGAACAGAGGAGCUUUUUAUCCUUGCCAGAGAAGUGGACAAAAAUCAGUUCGCCCCAUUCAAGUAUACAAUCCUACUAUGGAUGAAUGGUAUACAAUAGGAGAUUGUUUUUAUGGCAAUGCCAAUAUGCCAGUGGUCGGAGUAGAUGACAGUCUUUAUAUGGUAUGUCAUAGACAGUUCAAAAAUCAGUCCCAUGUGAACAUCCUUAGAUAUAACCUAUUAAAUGGACGAUUUUGUCGGCUGCCUGAUUCUCCCAAGAAAAUACUUGAUGCAGUUCUUUUGGUAUUGGACAACUACAUCUAUGUCUUUGGAGAAGAAAAACAGACACAUUAUAGACACUUUUGGGACUUUGCUGAUGAGUUUAUGACACAUAACGAAAGUUGUUGUGGUCAACGAUAUAAUAUUACAACGGAUACUUGGUCAGUUUGUAACAUAGCUCUGCCACAGGGUGUGAAGAUUGUUACAGCUAUUGCCUUAAAAACUUCAUUAGCUGUUCUUUGCCAGUGCAGAUCAAACCGAGGUCAACAGUUAACCUUGUAUUUGUAUGACCCUGCUUCUGACAAAAUGGAACUUUUUGGUGAAAUCCCUUUCCCUGAUGGUGGUGGUUGUGACCAAAGAACAUUUUCUUGUCAUAACAGUUACUAUUUACAAUCAAUAAAGUUUUUGAUGAGCACAGAUAAAGAAUUGACAGAUAUUGCAUCUCAUGGUAAAUCUGUGUCAUCUAGUAACCAGACUGUUGUCUCACAAAAUAAAAAUUUACUUGAUAUAAAGCAAGAAAAGUUGGAACAGAGUGUAUAUGUAAGUAAUCUAGUUGCUUUUGGAGACCUAAUUGAUGCUCAGGCCCAAGUUCCAAACCCAGGACAGCGAGAAGCACAUGGUACUAUAUGUUACCAUGUAAAUACAGUGCAGAAAUUUGUUCCUGGUAAUUAUAUUGCAUCUGUAGAGUCUCUAACCAGUACAAUGUGUGAUGUUCCAUUUGUUAUAUUUCAUUAUGAAAGUGUCAAAGCAGCAAGAAUACUUGAGAAGAUUUGCCAAAUUCAAGACCUCGGAUCAGAAUAUUUUCAUCCAAAAGAAGAAAACAUUGUUUCCAGGUAUGAUUGGUGCCACUGGAGGAAUUGGCGAUUAAUUGAUAAUGAAGAUAUUACCAAAAGGUUAGAAAUAAAAGUAGAAGAUGAAGAUGUACAGCUAAGUGACACUUUAACUGACAGUUACAUCAGUGAUGACUCAGAUGAGGAGGAAAAUAGUAAAGAUGAUAAGAGAUAUUCUAGUUAUAAUUCUAGCAGAAAGUUAAAAUCAAAACAGACAAUUACUGUUAGCAGUAGUGAUAUUAUCUACUUUGUGCCUGUGGAAAACAGCAAUGAUAUCCCAUCUCUAGUCAACAAGAAAGAUUUUAACUCUAAAAUUCUUCAUGCUCUUCAAGAAGGUGUAGAAUCUGCUAAAGGCUUUGCAGCCAAUGUUUCUCGAACAAAAUUUAACAUUCCUGGUGACUGGAACUACGGAGCUCUUUGUCAAGAUAAAAAAAGUCAAAGAUACUUUGCCCUAGUUUUAUAUUUUUCACUAACUGAUGAUGAGAAAGAAAAUGCUAGCAGCUUUUACAACACAAUUAAACUUAGUGAUUGCCAUUUAAUUUUCGAUAUGGAAGUCAUGACCUAAAUAUCUCUUAGCUGUGAUCAUUAGUAUAAUAAUUGGUAUUGUUUUCUUAUGGUUUUGCAGGUAUAAUUGUAAAGUAAAAAUCCAUAACUUGUUAAGAUAUAAUACAAAAGCUUAUAAAAACUAAGCAUUUAAAUCGAAGUUUGGUUGCAUAUUUGAGAAGUUAGUUGAUUAUGUUUAUUUCAUUUCAUUUUUGUAGGAUAAAUUUUCUUUUAACAAUUCAUCAAAGUUACUAGUACUACUAUUUUUAAAAACUGUAGGCUCACAAUUAUAAGGAAGUAUAUGUGAUUUUAAAUUUUUGUUAUCAUACUAAAUCAUUACAAAAAAUUUUCAUUGAAAUUAUAAUUCAGAAAUGUAUUGAAUGCUUUCAACUAGUGGUACAAACAGUGCAUAAGAAUUAAAAGUAAUACUUGAGCUAAACAACUUUCAAAAUUUAUCAUGGAUAUAAGAAGUGGCCUUAUGAUAUAACUACUAUGGCUGGGAUAUUUCAUUUGUAAAUGAAAUUACUUUAAAAUGUACUUUGCAAUGCUAAAAAUUAUAGAACAAUUCAUUGAAAUAUCAAAAUGUGAUACAGACUUUAAUAUUUUUUUGAAGUGUGAUAGGGACGUAUCAGUGGUUUUAUGCAUUGGUUACUAAUGACAUGAUCAAUAGAGUGCAAGUUUCAGUCAUUCUAAGAUAAAAUAAUAAACAAAUUAUGAUUUAUCUUUUCUAAUUGUGAUUAGAAUGUACCAUAAUCACUGUAUAUGGUAGUAGCAUUCACUCUUUAUCCUUGCUAUAAUCCUUUAGUUCUUCUCCAGUGAGUUAAAAGUAAAGUUCAUAUUCAAAAUGCAUAGGGCCACUGCUUAACUCCACUUUCCACAAACAGAUGAAAAAAUGUUAUUAAUUUCCUACUAAAUAAGAUUCUAGUUCCUUGUGGGUUUGUCCUCUAGUAUGACCUUGUUUUUUUUCAUAAUAUGAAGCUUUUGAAAAAAAAAAAAUUUUCUUGUCUCUUUCUGAAAAAUUUAUUAGUUCAAACCUUUUACAUGUUUUAUUUGUAAGAGGUUUGGCAAAUGGUAUGAUUUUUGAUGAAUAAAGGAACUUAAACUGAGAAUAAGGUGUUAUUUGAUGAGUUUAUUUAUAGGUGCCAAUUAAAAAAGUUUGCAAGAAAAUUUUUGUGAAAGAUUAUUGGAAAGUAUAAGGAUUAGUUACAAUAAUCCAUAAACAAAUGUGAUUAGUUGAGGAUUAUAUAGAAAAGUAUGGAUAUUUCUUUUAUUAUAGAAAUCUUUUUAUUAAUCAGUCACUUGUCCCAAAUGAAGUUUGUUUCUUGAAGGACAUGGUGAUAUAACUUUUGACAAAUUAAUUAAAAAAAAUUUUUUUUUUUAAAACAACAGUUUCGAAGUGAUUGGUGAGUGCACAUUUUGUAGCCAUUCUUAUCACAUCUGUACUGAUAUAAAAAUGUAUUUUGGUCUGCAUAUCAAUUUCUGUUAACAUCGUGGAUUGUAAUUGUUUAAUUGAAGAGUGAAAAACAGCAAAAAUACUCAAAUGAUUGAGUAUGGUUUUGCAUUAUUAUAAGAAAAAAAAAGUCACUUUGAAAGGGAUUUUUGGGUGCAUAUUUUGUUCACAUACUUAUCUGUGUAAUACUGAUAUAGAAAUUGUUUGUCAGUCUACAUAUCUGUUCAUUUCUUUUAUCCUCUAAUGUUUCUGAAGAAUGGAGCAAUGCAAGAAUACCCAAGUGAUUAAUUGUAAUUUUGCAUUAUUUCAAGAAAAAAUAAGUUAAGUUCAAAAUGAUUGUAUAUUUUGUAAUCAAGCCAUUCUUAGCAGUACCACUUGAAUUAGAAAAAAAUAUAUGGAAUUUUCACAACAGAUAUUAGUACACCUUUAAAGUGUCAAUUCACCAUAACUGGGAUCUUAAUAAACUCUUGAUGUAGGUAUCUUAAAUAUAUCUCACAUUAGAUCAAUAUAAGUAGGCAGUGGACAUUUUUCUUUUCUUUUAUUAUGAAUAUUACCUAACUUAGCUACGAA